CACAGCAUCCCUCCACUCUCACUCUCCAGAUUCUAGAGAAUCUAGGCUCUCUUGGCUCGCAGACUAUGAGUACAUAACCUCCGACGCUCUCCCAUUCUCUACCUCCACUUUAAGCUCUCUCACAACCUCCGACACAUCCACCCACCACCAUCAUGUCGGCCUCACUGCCUAAAGUCCCCCCAGGUGCUCCCACCUCCACCCCCGUCGCCAUCGUUUGCAUUGGCAUGGCCGGCUCGGGCAAGACAACCUUCAUGCAACGCCUGGUCUCACACCUCUACACACACCCCGACCCCACCGACCCCAUCCCCACCGUCUCCAAAACUCCCUCCACCCCGCCCUACAUCCUCAACCUCGACCCGGCGGUUCACCACAUCCCCUUCACCCCCAACAUCGAUAUCCGCGACUCCGUAAACUACAAAGAAGUCAUGAAACAAUUUAACCUCGGGCCAAACGGCGGGAUCCUUACCAGUUUGAAUCUAUUCAGUACGAAGAUUGAUCAAGUUAUUGCAUUGUUGGAGAAGCGGACUAGCCCGCCGCCGGUGGUGCCGGUGGUGGAACAGAGUACUGUGGAGUUUAUGACCGGGAAGGGGAAGGCGGCUGCACAGUCGCCCCCCGGUCAGGGGCAGGGACAGACUCAGCAGGUGAAACAUAUACUCAUCGAUACGCCCGGCCAGAUUGAAGUCUUCGUGUGGUCAGCCAGCGGCGAGAUCCUAUUAUCCAGUCUCGCGAGCACAUUCCCGACGGUAAUCGCGUAUAUCAUAGACACGCCACGUACAACGAGCACAUCGACAUUCAUGUCAAAUAUGCUCUACGCAUGCUCUAUCCUCUACAAAACAAAACUCCCUAUGAUCCUCGUCUUCAACAAAACCGAUGCCCAGAACGCUGAUUUCGCAAAAGAAUGGAUGACAGAUUUCGAGGCUUUUCAAGACGCUCUCCGGAAUGAGGAGGAAGGCGGGAGUUUUGGUGGGGAAGGAAGUGCGGUUGGUGGUGGGAGCGGGUAUAUGGGGAGUUUGUUGAACAGCAUGUCGCUCGUGCUGGACGAGUUCUACAAACAUCUGAGCGUUGUGGGUGUUAGUGCUAUGACAGGUGACGGCAUGGAUGAGUUCUUCAAGAGUGUGCAGGAGAAGAAGGAAGAGUUUGAGCGAGACUACAAGCCCGAGCUCGAGCGCCGAAAGAAGGAGCGUGAGAAUGCUAAAGUUGCUACCAGGGAGAAGGAACUGGGCAGGCUAAUGAAGGACAUGAAAGUUGGUGGCACCAGCAAACCGAAGAAGGGCCCGCGGAAAGAGGAACCAGAGACCGUUAGCGAAGCCGAAGACACAGAUGAGGAAGGCAUGCAGGUCGACGACGAAGACUCAGACGACUCAGCCUACGGUACAGAAGGCGGGCUCGAGGCCCGGUACAAGCAGGCGUUGAAAGACAGUCGAGGUGACGAGGGAGGUCCUUCGGGAGACGAUUUCAGCUUCGCAAGGUAUAUGCAUAAGGCUAAUCUCGGCUGAAGAGUAGCCAAGACGAGCGGGUUAGUUGUCAGGUCAAACCAUCUUUCCGUGCUUUGCUCCAUUUCUGAUUCCUAGUUCUCUCGGGAAGAAUAUGUGCGGAUGUGGUUAGUGUUGAGUUGAGUUGAAGGUUGGUUACAGGGCAGGGUAGACCACAGCGUUAACGUAGUGGCAGAUUGCCACUUUCAUUUGGCUUCCGGAAUGUUUUCCAAGUCAAGCCGGCUGUCUCGCGCGAACCACGAAAGCGUGCUCAGGUGUGGUAUAUGGGAACCCGGUAAACCCGAAAUGGGGCCGUUCACGAGAAUGGAGGCCUGUGGCAGAGCCUGUACUACCUCGAGUCAUGUUUUAGACACAACAUAGAGGAGUCGAAAGUGUAGAAAAGCAGCAAGAAGGGGCUGAUGUGUAGGUAGGAAGGUAGCACAGAACCGGA